UUUCGCCUGCCGCUCUCCAUCUCCCAUCGAAUAUCCGCUUUUACUCUCAAAAUUAAAUAAUAAUAAUAGAGUAUGUCAACAACGAAUCGAUUCAAGACUUGACCGUCGGGAGAGAAAAAGAAAGAAAAGGCCUCUUAUUACUCUCGACCUUUUGGUUGCUUCGUUUUGGUGCCCUAAGCAACUCAAAUCUAUCCAUCUUCCUAUUGUGGGUUUUCCUUGUUCAGGAACAAUGGCCUUGGAAAUCACUCAAAUCCUUUUGGCUGCUCAGUCAGCGGAUGCAAAAGUUCGAACCGAUGCAGAAAGUAACCUUACUCAAUUCCGAGACCAGAACUUGCCGAGUUUCCUUUUGUCAUUGUCUGUUGAGCUCUCCAAUGAGGGUAAGCCAAUGGAGUCUCGUAGACUUGCUGGAAUUGUGCUUAAGAACUCAUUGGAUGCAAAAGAGGCCUCUCGGAAGGAACACCUUGUGCAGCAGUGGUUGACAAUUGCUUCUUCUUUCAAAUCCCAAAUCAAAAAUCUGCUUCUGAGCACUCUUGGGUCCUCUGUGCAGGAUGCAAUUCACACAGCUGCCCAAGUAAUUGCUAAGAUUGCCUCUAUAGAGAUUCCUCGUAAGGAAUGGCCAGAACUCAUUGGUUCGUUGCUUGUCAACAUGACCCAGCCACAUAGGCCUGCCUCCCUCAAACAGGCAACCUUGGAGACUCUUGGCUAUGUGUGUGAGGAGAUAUCUCACCAUGAUCUGGUGCAAGAUGAAGUAAACUCUAUCCUCACUGCAGUUGUCCAGGGCAUGAAUGUGACUGAGCAAAAUCCUGCAGUAAGACUUGCUGCAGUUAGGGCUUUAUACAAUGCCCUUGAUUUUGCACAAACCAACUUUGAGAAUGAGAUGGAGCGGAACUAUAUCAUGAAGGUGAUUUGUGAAGCAGCGGUUGCAAAAGAGGCUGAGAUAAGGCAGGCUGCUUAUGAAUGUCUUGUAUCCAUUGCAUCAACAUACUACGAGGUCCUUGAUCCCUACAUGCAAACCAUCUUUGAACUCACAUCAAAUGCGGUCAAAGGAGAUCAGGAGGCUGUUGCCCUUCAAGCGGUUGAGUUCUGGAGCUCUAUCUGUGAUGAAGAGAUAGAGCUACAAGAGUAUGAGGCCCCUAACAGUGAGGACUCUACUGCUCCACACUCACACUUCAUUGAGAAGGCUCUACCAACUCUAGUUCCGAUGUUGUUAGAAACUUUACUAAAGCAGGAUGAGGAUCAGGACCAGGAGGAUGGGAUUUGGAAUCUCGCCAUGGCUGGUGGGACAUGUCUUGGUCUUAUUGCAAGAACUGUAGGGGAUGCUGUCGUACCCCUGGUGAUGCCUUUCGUUGAAGCUAACAUCCUGAAGCCAGAGUGGCGAUCCCGUGAGGCGGCUACUUAUGCGUUUGGCUCAAUUAUUGAGGGACCCAGCAUUGAGAAACUCUCUCCAAUGGUGAAUGCUGGCUUAGAUUUUCUGCUUAAUGCCAUGAAUGAUGUAAAUAGCCAUGUGAAAGAUACAACUGCAUGGACUCUUAGCCGUAUUUUUGAAUUGCUGCACAACCCAGCAACUGGAUUCACUGUAAUCACUCCUUCUAAUCUCCAGCGAAUUGUGGUGGUUUUGUUGCAAAGUAUAAAGGAUGCCCCACAUGUAGCUGAGAAGGUUUGUGCAGCCAUUUAUUAUCUUGCCCAGGGGUACGAAGAUGCGGGACCUAGCUCCUCUCAGCUCACACCUUUUCUUCCAGAUCUUGUUGGUUGUCUUAUUGCGACUGCUGAUAGAACAGAUGGCAGUGACUCCAAAUUCAGGUCCUCUGCUUAUGAGACCUUGAAUGAGGUUGUUAGGUGCUCUAACCUUACUGAAACAUCUGGUAUCAUUGCACAACUUCUCCCUGUUAUUAUGACUAAGUUGGGGCAGACAGUAGAGCUUCAGAUUAUAACAUCAGAUGAUAGGGAAAGACAAGGAGAUCUUCAAGCUUCUCUCUGUGGUGUUAUUCAGGUCAUUAUCCAGAAACUAAGCAGUGAUGAUGGAACCAAACCAAUCAUUAUCCAAGCAGCUGAUCAGAUCAUGAUGUUGUUCCUUAAGGUUUUUGCUUGCCGUUGCUCUACGGUGCAUGAAGAAGCUAUGCUUGCUAUAGGCGCGCUUGCCUAUGCUACCGGGCCUGAAUUUGCAAAGUAUAUGCCAGAGUUUUACAAAUAUUUGGAGAUGGGUCUGCAGAAUUUUGAGGAAUACCAAGUCUGCGCCAUCUCGGUGGGUGUUGUUGGUGACAUUUCUCGUGCCUUGGAAGAUAAGGUUUUGCCAUACUGUGAUGGGAUCAUGACGCAUCUUCUCAAGGAUCUCUCUAGCAGUGAACUACAUCGGUCUGUGAAGCCACCCAUAUUUUCAUGCUUUGGAGACAUUGCUCUAGCAAUAGGAGAAAAUUUUGAGAAGUAUAUUAAUUAUGCUUUGCCGAUGAUGCAAAGUGCUGCUGAAGUGUGUGCUCAGAUUGACAAUAGUGAUGAGGAGAUGGUGGACUAUGGGAACCAACUGAGACGCAGCAUCUUUGAAGCUUAUUCUGGAAUUCUGCAAGGAUUUCAGAACUCCAAGUCUGAUUUGUUAAUGCCCCAUGCUCCUCAUCUCUUGCAAUUCAUAGAAGUUGUUGCCAAAGACCACCACAGGGAUGAAGGUGUGACAAAAGCAGCUGUAGCAGUUUUGGGAGAUAUAGCAGAUGCACUUGGUUCAAACGUCAAGACUUUGUAUAAGGAUCGUGCAUUGUGUAUGGAGUUUUUAAAUGAAUGUCUACAGUCUGAUGAUGAACAGCUCAAAGAAACUGCUGUCUGGACUCAAGGGAUGAUUGGACGUGUCUGUGGGUAAUAUUCUAAGUGUCGGCUGCUAUUCAUCAUCAUUUAUGGAUUUUCAGCUUGAAGCUUUUGGGUGAAGAUUAAAACGAGUUACUUUGUUUAUGUUUUCGGGGGCUGAGUUUUGGGUCAUGGGGUGGAGGUUUCUGUCAUUGUACGGCAAACGUGGGUUACUGAGGCGAUGAAAUUCUUUUCAUUGAUCAGAUCUAGUGUCUAUGGGUGAAGGGUCCUGUAAGUGUCCAGCAAGGUCACUAGGUACUGGUGGCCUGCUAUUCUGAUGAAACUUUAUUUGGUCACAAGCAUAAAAAACUAUUGAUCCUUUCUAUUAAUCUUGUCUUUGGCACUAUCAACAA